AUGCUUCCCGCUCAGAUGGUUCAGAUGAUGGAGAAUAGUUACAAUAAUGGCUCUGUGCCAGAAGUCAAAUAUCCCACCAGGUAUUCCACCUAUGCUCAUACUGCUUACACCGCUUCAACUCGAACUAGUAUGAUUUCGAUGGCCAGAAGUGAAGGAAAAUUCACCCCUGAUGUUAAAGUAUCAAUUGGUAACUCUAAAAACGAUCUUUCUGACGGGUACCCUGAAGGGAUUAGUCUUGCAUGGAAAAAUGUAGGCUUUAAAAUAGUCAACUCAAAAACAAAAAAGAAGCAAAAUAUACUUAGUGGAUGUUCUGGUGUUGUUCAACCCGGCGAAGUUAUGGCUAUAAUGGGACCAUCUGGUGCUGGUAAAUCGACUUUAUUGGAUGUUUUAGCAGGACGAAAAGAUCCAAAGAUGGUAUCCGGCCAAAUUAUGCUUAAUGGAGUACCGGGUGAAGUCAAAUACGUUUCACAAUAUGUCAUGCAAGAUGAUGCACUGAUGGGUGUAUUAAGUGUACGAGAAAAUAUUCAAUUUGCUGCUGAUUUAUGUUUUCCUUCCCAUAUGGAACCAGAUGAAAAAGCUUAUCGGGUACAACAAAUCAUCGAUGAAUUUGGUUUAAAAAGAGUAGCCGACAAUAAAAUUGGUACAGUAUUCGUACGUGGUGUGUCAGGUGGUGAAAAACGUCGUGCUUCGAUUGCUUCUCAAGUCAUAACCUUACCAAAGAUAAUAUUUUUGGAUGAACCGACUAGUGGUCUUGAUUCUGCCGCUGCUUAUCAUGUUAUGAAAUCUAUUGUUGAAAUGGCUCGAAAACAUAAGUUAACUAUAAUUGCUAGUAUUCACCAACCUUCAACAGAAACUUAUUCUCUAUUCGAUAAAUUAUGCUUGAUUGGUCGAGGUCAUACACUAUAUUUUGGUAAACGUGAAAAUGCUACUUCAUACUUUGAAGCCUUAGGCCACGUAUGCCCACCUUAUGCGAAUCCAGCAGAUCACUAUCUUCGUUUAAUCAAUUCCGAUUUCAUGUCGGAUAAAGCUGAAGCAGAAAAACAUAUUGACAAUUUUAUCACAGCUUAUGAACAAUCAAAAGCACAUUCUAGUACUUUAACUGAAAUUCGUAGUCUUUCGAAACCUAAUAUGUAUUUCCUUUCUCGUCCAACUAGCCGUUAUGCUCGUAGUUUUUUUGCCCAGACCUGGUUUUUAACCAUACGCUCACUUAAGAAUGCUAUGCGUAACAUUCUAAUGUUUUGGGUCCGUGUUGCUAUGUACGUGUGUCUAGCUUUGUUGAUGGGUGUUACUUGGUGGCAAGUUGGUUAUAAUCAAGAGAAUAUUCAGGAUCGAUUUUCAGCACAUUUCUUUUCCGUCGCUUUUCUUGCCUUUAUGAGCGUUGCUGGUAUACCUGGUUUCUUGGAAGAACGUUUAGUAUUUCAACGUGAACGUGGAAAUAAUUUUUAUUCAGUUGGACCUUAUGUAUUGGCUAAUACAAUAAUUUCUAUUCCAUUUGUAAUGAUCAUUGCCGCAUCAUUUACUGUUGUGGCUUACCCGAUGAUUGGACUAAAUAGUGGCUUUGGCAAUGCAAUCCUCUUUUGUCUUUAUCUUUUCCUUGCACUUAUUGUGGCAGAAUCAAUGGUCGUUUUUAUUUCAGCAAUCAUCCCUAUUUUCGUUGCCGCACUUACUUUAGUUGCUUUUGCUAAUGGAUUCUUCAUGGUUGUCGAAGGUUACUUUGUAAGACGUGACAAAAUUCCUAAAGCUUUGAAACCUUUUCAUUACGUAGAUUAUCAAAAAUGGGCUUUCGAAGGCAUUAUUCAAAAUGACUUUAUUGGUUUGACUUUUAAUUGUGAUAAGAUUUCUGAUAAUCCCAUUAAAUAUGCUUGUAAUUAUGGUGAUUUAUCGGGUAAUAGUUCGACUUUUACUGGUAAAGAUGUAUUGGAUAGUUAUGGUUACAACGAAAUUAAUCUUACAACUUGGGCGGUAUGA